GAGAUGCAUCAGCAUCGUUCAUCGUGUUGUUUUCUUGAGUGCAUAUUUAGGAGAAGAUGAAUGAAGAAAAGGGCAAUACUGUAACGCCUCCUAAAUCGUAUUUCAAGGAGACGACACUGUCACCACUUCCAUAACCAUGAGAUCCAUUUCCUGUUUUCUUCUGUUCAUCUUCAUUAUCCUUCUACAUGAUGGUAUCAUAGCUUCGCGAGCUGAAGUUAUAACCCUUACACCAGAUACGUUCACUGACAAGGUGAAGGAAAAGGAUACUGCUUGGUUUGUGAAAUUCUGUGUCCCUUGGUGUAAGCAUUGUAAGAACUUGGGUUCAUUGUGGGAGGACUUGGGAGCAGCCAUGGAAGGGGAAGAUGAAAUAGAAAUAGGACAAGUUGACUGUAGUACAAGUAAACCAGUUUGCACACAAGUUGACAUCCACUCAUAUCCAACAUUUAAGUUAUUUUAUGACGGAGAAGAAGUUGCUAAAUAUCAAGAUGAUUAUAUGUCCCAUAUCUUUAAACAAUACAAGCUUGAUUCAGACUCGUAUGGAUCUAAAUGUGGCAUAGAGGCUCAGUCCAUGAGGCACAAGCCAAGUUCAGGCCCAAGAGACAUUGAAUCACUCAAAGCAUUUGCUUUGAACGAAGCAGAGAAAGCAGCAUCCAAAGCACAACUUGACAAGGAUGGAGAAUUAUGAUGACUGGCAGGAAGUUUUAGGAGUUUCUGACAGAAUGAAGCUAGUUUUUCCUGUUUGGAUGAAAAUCAUUUGACAAUGAAGUCAUCAUGAGUUUGAAGCCAAAAGACAGGAACUAGAAAAAAAGAUCAUGGUCGAUUCAGUCACCAUGUCAUUGGUACUAUAGCAGAUUACUGAGGACAGAGAUGGGCUUCUUCCGUAAGGCUACAUGACUUGAAUGUAUGUUUUUACAUGUGAUUUCAUUUUAUUUAAUGAGCUGGAUUUUGCAAUACUAGGUUAAGAGUCAAUUUAUGUAGAGAUGCACAAUUCACUCGUAUUGAAGAGGUAAAGUUUUUUUUUUCUUCUUGGUGCUUCAGGUUAGAUUUAUCAUUUAUCUAACUCCUAUGUAUAAGAAAUUGUGACCAAGAUUUUUUUGAGUUUUGAUACCGUGAA